UAUUAAUAAAGUUUUCGAUUAUAAUUUUGAAACGUAUUUCAACGUUUCAUUCGACAAGAUGUUUCGAGUUUUUGUAUUGCUGCAAUUGAUGUUGUUGACUGCUGUGAUUGCUGCCAAGGACAAACCGGUUGAUCCCGUGAAUCUGACUCAUGUAUUUGAAUUGAAUGAUGAAGAACUCAAUCAUACGAUGCGUAAUUUUGAUUUCCUCGUUGUCAAUUAUUAUACCGCAAGUUCAAAGGGAAGCAUGGAAUUUCAACAAACCUUCAUGGAAGUUGCAAAAAAAACUUUUAAAGAAAAUAAAUCCAUUGUGUUUGGACAAAUCGAUAUUAACAGAUUUGAAAAGGCUCAAUUUAUGGAACAUAUCACAGAAGUACCCGAAGUAAAAUUUUACAAACGUGGAAGAAGCUUUGAUUUUGACGGACAAAAAACAGUUGAACAUCUUAUGACGUGGAUUCGUCUGGCUAUGAACUACCCAGUUGUUGUGUCAUCGCAAAAAGAAUUUGACGAUUUAAAAGAACGAGGAACGAUUAUCGCAGGUUGCUUCUACGGGAACGCGCCAAAACCAGAAUUCGAUACAUUCGUGAACGUGAGCGCACAGUUUUUUCCUGCCAAAUAUAUGCCGUUACCGAGAUUUGCUCUAAUCAACAAAGCAAGUGUUUCACGUGAUAUUGGAAUUAACAAAGGAACUGUUGCAAUAUAUAAAAAGUUCGAGAACGGUGAAAAAUUUAUGUACACCGGAUCACUUACUGAUGCAAACGCCAUGUUAAAAUUUGUCGAUGAACAAUCACAGCCAAUAGUGUACCCGUUUGGACAGCAUGAGUAUUCGUAUCGAUUAGUCCAUUCAGAUGAAAUACGUUAUCAGCAUUUGCUAUUCAUGCCACGUAGUGAUGCCAGAUUUAAACAAGCGUUUGACGAUUUCAAAGCCGCAGCAAAGGAAUUCAUGAAAAGUUCGGAUAAGAUAGAAGUUCUUUUUAUACACGUCGAUACAUCAGAAGAACACAUUGACAAAGUUGUUUCGUUUUUCCACGUCGACAUAAAUAAAGAUAUUCCUUGUAACAGGAUCACAAAGCGCGAUAGCUGGCAUUCUCGAUUUAUACCGAGUAAAAUGGAUUUCACAAAGGAAGGAUUUAUUGAUUUCACUCGUAAUGUUAUAGGCGGAACAAUUAAGAGAAAUAUUCGAAGUGAAAUUUUACCAGGAAAUUGGAAUAAAUUUCCGCUAAAAGUUUUGGUGGGAACGAAUUAUGAAGAAAUUACAAAAAAUAAGGGAAUGAUCGUCUUUGUUAUGUAUUACGUGAAAGGACAUAAAGAAUCGGACAAAGCUAUGCCGGUUAUCGACGAAGUUGCACAAAUGUAUAAACUGAAUAAUACUGUAACAAUUGCUUCUAUGGACGUUAGUAAAAAUGACGGAGAGAUCGAUGUUCAUCAUACAAUCCCAUGCUUUAAAAUGUUCACCGCUACAAACCAGGAAAAAGCUUUCAAAGGCACAAAAUCUGCAGCUGCUAUAAAAGAGUUCAUUGAUAGCAAUGGUACAAUACACACCGGGUACAUGCCUGAAAAGGAUGAUAUGAGCAUGGAUUUUGAAUUUGAUGAAACCGAUGUCAAAGAUCCGGAUGUGUUAGAUUAUGAAUCUGAAGAAGAGAGACAGAAAAUGUACGCUUUGGAAGAAGAAAAAGCCGUUGCUAAUGCUAUAGAAGAAAUUGAAGGCCACAAGGCUCACGACGAUCCAAAACACAUGGUAAAUCCGGAACAUUACAGAAGGUUGGCGAGAGGAGAGGUAGUGGAUGAACGUGAUAUGGAUCCUCAUAAAGAUGCUCACUACGCGACAUCGGACCAUGAAUCUAAGAAGCACGGGCAUGAAGAACAGCACAUUUUUCAUGAAGGUCCUGAUGGAACAGCUCACCAUGAAGUACUGCAAUCACCACACAAAGAUCCCAUAAAAAUGGAAUCACCUGGCACUCAUAAAGAUAAUCAUUAUUAUCAUCAUGACGAUCACCAUGAUGACCAUCAUGAUCAGCGUGAUCAUCACCACGAUGAAACAUAACGUUAAUGAAGGGAAACUGCUUGGGCAGUAGCUCUGAACUAAUUUUGCUAAUUAUCACAUGGACGUUUCUAAAUGCCAAAUAUCUCGGGUAUACUUAGAUUUGAUAAAUAACGGGAAAUGAUUACACGAGGAUUGGAAAACAUAAAC